AUGAACGGAAGCGCCCUGUCAUUGUCACCAGUUGGCGGAGGAAUGGUGGGAGAACCUGCCUCUCUUCCCUCCUUGGGUUGGCGGGAAUUCUGCGAAGUCCAUGCUCGCGCUGCUGCAGUUGAUUUUGCCCGUCGUUUCCGGACCUUCCUUGGCGAGAACCCCCAGUUUGCCACCCCAGGAGCUGAAGCUGCUUUCUCACACCGCUUUGCAGAGCACUUCCUAGAACAUUUCGAGGCUGAGGUGAGCCGGGCUUACACCAGUGACUCGCCACCCCGCUGUGACAUUGCCCCUUUCACCGGUUGUUCUUCUGCACGGGACCUCUCUGAGACCUGCAGUGACUCCUCGGUGGCUUCCCCUGUUGAGCCUCCAUUGGGCCCACCCUCUGGCCUCUCUAGCAGCCAGUCCCGCAGCUCUGAAGAUGUUUCUACUGUGGCAGCUGUUACCGCUACGAAGCCAAAGCUGAAGAAGCGCUUUUCUUUGCGCAGUGUUAGCCGCAGUGUCCGAGGUAGUGUGCGUGGCAUUCUGCAGUGGAAGACGUCAGCUGAAUCAUCCUCUGGUGGUGGAGAUGGGACACCCACUGGAGCCAACACUAAUUCCAAUUCAUCGGGGGGCGGUGACUCAGAGCGUUGGACUCACCGAUUUGAACGUCUUCGCCUCAACAGAGCCUCCCCAGCCACUGUGCGAGUCGAACUGGCUAGUGUGCGCCGUGAAGGCCUACUGAACUACAUUGUGGCUGAUGAUGGGUCAGGCGGGGGCAGUAGGACACGCUGGCAGAAAUGCCGUCUUCUCCUGCGCAAAGCAGGGAAGGGAGAAGGGGAGGGUUACCUGUUGGAGUUCUACAUCCCACCAAAGGCAACAAAGCCCCGGGUCAGCAUUGCUUGUUCCUGUGUAAUGGAUGUGCGGACAACAACUCCACUGGAGAUGCCAGACAAAGAGAACACUUUUGUGCUGAAGCUCUCAAGUUCCUUGGAAUACAUCCUUGAGACUGUUGACUCACUGCAGAUGCGGUCAUGGUUGGCUGACAUUCAGGAAUGCAUGGGCCUGGGAGAAAGCACUGAUAGCCUGGAGCAGCCAUGCAUGAACCACUCAGAUAGCAUGCCCAGCCGGGAACUUCCCAUGGUGCCGAGUGAGAGCAACGAACAGCUCAGCCAAGGUGCCUACGGUGGAUUGAUGGAACGUCCCUCAGCCUCCAUGUCUCCCAGCUCAGUCUCUAUUGCUGCCUCACACUUUGAUUCAAUGGAGCUGCCGCCUCCUCAACUGCUGCCUCGGGUGCCAGUCAAUGAAGGGCAAUUUUCCACUGGCUUCCUCCAUACAACUUUCCCAGAAACCCCUGAAACCACAGGUUCCUUCCUCUUCCAAGGGGAACCCGACCCGGGUGGGGGUAGUCUGGGUGACACUGAGCACCCACUCUCUGAAUACCCAUGGUUCCAUGGCACCCUGUCCCGUCUCAAAGCCGCCCAGUUGGUGUUGGCAGGAGGAGCAAGCAGCCAUGGCGUCUUCUUAGUGCGUCAAAGUGAGACACGGCGGGGUGAAUAUGUCCUGACCUUUAACUUCCAGGGGAAAGCCAAGCACCUGCGCCUCUCCUUGAACGAAGAAGGGCAGUGCCGUGUUCAGCAUCUCUGGUUCCAGACUAUUUUUGACAUGCUGGAGCACUUCCGGGUCCACCCCAUCCCCCUCGAAUCAGGGGGCUCCAGUGACGUGACACUUGUCAGCUAUGUGGUUGCUUCGCAAAGUCUGCAUGAGCCGAGCAUCUCUCGUAACCUGCCACUGCCGCCUCCUCUCCCUCCAGCCCGGCCACCUCAUGCUCCUCUGGACCAUGGACUGCUGGAGUCUAAAGGGCAGAGUGAGGAGGAGGCCCAGAUGGAGCCAGAGGUGGAUGAGGGAGCAUCGGUGAGAGUCGGGGGAUCCCUUCCUCUGCCAGAGGAGUCAGAAGGGCGAGCCAGGGCUGUGAACAACCAGUACUCAUUUGUUUGAACCCAGUGGCGAUAACGAAAAAAAAUAAGGGAACAAGCCC